GCCAUCGCAGGCCUCUUAUUGGGACCUCCAGGCGACCUCGCGCUCUUUCUCUCGCCGCGUAGCCUUCGUCUUUCUCCCCUACUCCCGGCCUUCUCUUGUUUGUGGAUGCUAUAAUUCUUGGUUCACACCAUUCUAAUCCAUGUGCGUCUCCCCGCCGACCUACCUCACGUGGGCGAUCCUCUCUACCCUGACGGGGAUUUUCCUUCUCUUCCACCUCUGGAAGUUCGAUCGAUUCAAAUGCUUGCGAUGGAAUAACGGGCCAUACUCGGGCGCGUUCAAGCGCGUCAUGACGUAUACAUACCUGAUUACUAUACCCUUGCUCAUGGUGUACUCCAUCGGGAUGACAAUCAUCUCGUACAAGAUGGGAUACAUCGCGCUGCCAGGUGUCGGACUCAUGCCUCUCCCCGUCGAAUUCUGGCCCGAGUCCUAUCACCGGAUGUUCUUCCCGUUGAACCUCGUCUUUGCAUUCGCCUGGUCCUUCGAGAUCAUUACACACUUGGAAGAACUGUGUUUCUGGCUGUUCCUCGUUCACGCGGGUUCAGUCCAGCAAGAUUGGUUCCGUAGCUUCUACUUCAAGAUCUGGUCCGUGGGCUCCAUCAUGGCCAUUGUGUAUAUGCCCGUCACCACGAUCGUCACUCGCUCAAACCCCAUAAAGAAUGUUGCCGCGACCUUCCUUGCGGGCAGCCUUAGUGAUCUUCUCCUUAAUGUCAACAACCUCACCGUCCUAUACAAAUUCCCUUCGUUUUUGCGUGAAUUGAAAUCCGAAGGCGUCGACAUCAGCACUAUCGUGCGCCUGACGACGUUCCACGAAUUGAAUCACAUUCGUGUCCUCUUCCGAUUCCUCUUCACCGUCCCUCUCUUGAUUCUGGGCAUUGACGGCAUCACGGCCCUCAAGAUCAACACGAACAUGUUCGCGUCUGAGUUCCUCGCCUUCCUCGGAGGCGUCGGCUGCAUGGUCUCCGCGGGCCUGACCUUAGUGGUCUUCUUCCCGCGUUCCGUCACGACCGAGGUCAAAGCCAAGGAGAUCACGCGUGAAAAGUCGCUGCAGCACAACGCGUCCUUCCGGUCCAGCCUGCGCUCCGAGAAGGACUCGUACUUCGGGCCAACGAGCCCGCCGCCCGUCGUGAAGGGGAUGUGCGCGGAGCUCACGCGCGACUCGGAGCCGAGCUUCAUCAAGGCGUCGACGCUCGCGGACCCCGAGGCGCAGCUCAAGCCGGUCGCCUUCGAGACGUUCGCGCCGAACCGCCGCCUCGACUCGGGCGCGACCGUCGAGGGCGGCGUGCGCGUCAUAGGCCUCACCGAAGGCAACCUCGCGCGCCACAACUUCCAGAGCACGAACGUGCACCCGUUCGUGCACAACUUCACGUCGCCCAUCGAUUUGAUGCACGGGGACAGCUACCAGGGCAUCGCGAGCUACGCGCGGAGAUACAAGCACUAGUCGGCGCCCCUCUUGCCUCACGGCGUGCGAUAGAGAAGGAAGAUGGAUGGACUCGGAGACAUGACACAUUGUACGAAGUUCGGAAUUCAUCAGCCUGAGUGCGUUUGCUCCCACCGCUCACCGCGCGCUGGUCCGGGUGCGAUAUCUUCAGAAGAGGCGCCGCAAGGUGCGUCAGCUUCCGGCUCGCAUUGACGAUCAGUGCUGCGCCUUUGAGGCUCCAGGCGGCUGAGUGCUCCUCGGGUGCCUCAGCUGAGCCUUGAUCUGCGCGAAUACAUACUACAUAUGUCAGUCUGAUGCUCCUUGCUUACCCGUCGCAAAGGCAUCUUGUUUGCCGGUUUCCUGUCUGCAAUGUCGAAGCAGUGUACGAUAUGAACAAGUCGACAUCGA